AAAAAAAAAAACAACAACAAAUCUAAAUAAAAAUAGUACAAAAAAAUUUGGGAGACGUCUAUAAACAUUGGUGCGCCCUUAUGCAGCCUAGUCAUUCGCUCUUCAGAGACGCGCGAAUGCGAAACAUAACGCAAAAAUAAGCCCAAAAAUAAAGCAUGUGAAAAUUUUCUGAUUUCAAAAACUUGCACAAUUCUUGCCAAUAGCACAAAUUAAAUUACAUUCUUAAUACAAUACAAAAAAAAAGAGUUCCUAAGAUAUAAAAACAAAUAAAUAUAGAAAAAGCACAAAGCAAAAAAGUUCCUAACCAAGCAGAGCCGCAGAAACACGCAACACCUGCAAACAUGACAGCACUUGGAUUACUUUUGCUAUCUAUGAUGGGUUACAGCCAGCACAUGCAGCCGGUUACGACGGAGGGAGGAGCUGGUCCGGGUGGCGGUGGCGGCAUCUCGCAGCUGUUGUCGCGCGCCGAUUGGGGUGCGCGCAUGCCCAAACAGGUGGAUUAUUUUAAUGGACCCGCACCUUUUGUGAUCAUUCAUCAUUCGUAUAUACCAGCCGUAUGCGAGAGCACGCCGGAUUGCAUGCGCAGCAUGCGCGAAAUGCAGGACUUCCAUCAGGUGGAUCGCGGCUGGAAUGACAUUGGCUAUAGCUUUGGCAUUGGCGGCGACGGGCUGAUCUAUACGGGACGUGGCUUCAAUGUGGUUGGCGCCCAUGCGCCCAAAUAUAAUGACAAGAGCGUGGGCAUUGUGCUCAUCGGCGAUUGGCGAACUGAACUUCCGCCCGCACGCAUGCUGCAUUCAGCACAGGAUUUGAUUGCAUUCGGCGUGGCCCAGGGCUAUAUUGAUCCGGCCUACAAGCUGCUCGGGCACAGACAGGUGCGCGAUACCGAAUGUCCAGGUGGCAGACUGUAUCAGGAGAUUUCCACCUGGCCGCAUUUCACGCAGCUCAACAGCACCGCAGAGGCGCAGCCCGCAGUUAAAAUGGCUUAAGCCAAACAAACAGAAGCUACUUUAAUUACACGAGAGUCUCUUAGCGAAAGAGCGACAUAGAGAGAGAGAGAGAGAAAGAAAGAGCGAGAGCGAGAGAGAGAAGGAGAGAGGCCUA